GAGUGGAGGAGCGGCCACUGACAGAUCCUUGGAGCCCUCAUAAACAGGAUCUAGCCCCAGGGCAGAAGUGAGGCUGCUUGGAAGCCAGAGGUAAAGCGCUGGGCUCACUGCCCAUCAUGUCCAGCUCCCUGCUGACUGGAGGUCAUGUGGUCAGCUUGACUCCCCAUGAGGAAUCCAGGAUGGCCCUGCACCCAACCCCUAGCCAUGACCUCCCAGCCCUGUGUCCUUACUACACCACAGAGAGCUGGGGAACCCAGCCUCUCAUGGACCCCACACUCUGCAAAGGCAGCUCCAACAGGCUCCAGCAGGCCCAGCAAGCUGAGGCCAGAGCUCAGUGUCUCCUUCAAUGCCCUGGGGAGCAGGCCUCAGGGGCCUCGCAGGAUCUGGACUCUUGCAUUGACUUCUCACUGGAGGCCCUCAACAAGAUGAUCCUGGAGCUAGACCCCACCUUCCAGUUGCUUCCCUCUGGGAUUGCUGGUCCCCAGGCUGAGCCUACCAACAGUGUUGCUUCAAGGACCAAGAAGGAGGAACCUGACGCCUUAGAUAUAAAGUACAUCGAAGUGACCUCCACCAGAUCAAGAUGCCUUGACAGUCCCCAACGCUGCUCCAGCCCAUGUGUCACCCCACCAUUUGGCUCCCCACGUAGUGGCGGCCUGUUCCUCUCCAGGGACAUCCCCCGAGAGACCCGAAGCAGCAGCAACGAGAGCCUCAUCUUCUCUGGGAACCAAGGCAGGGGUUCCUCUCCCCACACCCCUUCUUCUCUCAGCAAUUCUAUCCCUUGCCGAGAAAGCAGGGCCUCAGGCUCCCCACUGGCAACUCCUCCAGGUUGGGAGAAAGGGCUAAGGGCCCCACAGUGGGGCAGCAGGGUCUCUACGCUGUCAGCCAGCCCUGUAUCGGACAUCAGCUAUGUGUUUGGAAGCAAUCAGUCCCUCCCGCACUCAAGCCUCUCCAGCUAUCCGCCAUCUUCUAGAUCCUUGGGAAGUCCAGCCAGCUCUUCUUCCAGUCUCCACAGCCUGGACCGAGGCUCCCAGUGUGUGAGAUCGAGUGAUGCCCAGGUUCCUAGUAACCCCAUAGUGGGCAUGGGCCAGCCCCAAGCAGUCCCGUCUACACCAGUGGCUAAGGAGCAGGCCAGUAGCUGCCCCCCAUCUGUCACCAACUCCAUGGCGGACAUACCUAUAGUGCUCAUUAACGGGAACCCAGAACCACAGAGUCCCCCAGCCCAGCAGACACCAAGAUACCAGGACUCUGUGCAGUCUAGGGCUACAUCUCCCAGCCACCUCUGUCAAGCCACCAAGAGCCACAGCAAGACUCUGCCGGACGUUCCUCUCACAUCUCCCAGCCACCUCUGUCAAGCCACCAAGAGCCACAGCAAGACUCUGCCGGACGUUCCUCUCACGGCGUCUCCAGAAAGUCCUGCCAAGGACAUGCAGCCCACCAUGAAGUUCGUGAUGGACACAUCGAAGUACUGGUUUAAGCCAAGCAUCACCCGAGAGCAAGCAAUCAAUCUGCUGAGGACGGAGAAGCCGGGCACCUUUGUCAUCAGGGACAGUUCCUCCUACCGAGGCUCCUUUGGCCUGGCCCUGAAGGUCCAGGAGACUCCGGCAUCUGCUCCAAACCGACCAGGUGAGGACAGCACUGACUUUAUCCGUCACUUCCUGGUUGAGUCUUCAGCCAAAGGGGUGCAUCUGAAAGGAGCAGAUGAGGAGCCCUACUUUGGGAGCCUCUCUGCCUUCGUGUGCCAGCAUUCUAUCAUGGCCCUGGCCCUGCCCUGCAAACUCACCAUCCCACAGAAAGAACUGGGAGGUGCAGAACCAGCAUCGGACUCCCCCACACACGGCCAGACCUCUUGCCUGAAGAUAUCCGCCGGUUGCCACACACUGUACCUGACCUCUGUGAGUGUGGAGACCCUGAGCGGAGCCCUGGCUGUGCAGAAGGCUAUCUCAGUCAUGUUGGAGAGGGACGUCCUCCCCACACCCACUGUCGUCCACUUCAAAGUCACCGAGCAGGGCAUCACUCUGACAGAUGUCCAAAGGAAGGUGUUCUUCCGACGGCACUACCCCCUCAUCGCCCUCCGCUUCUGUGGAAUGGACCCCGAGCAACGGAAGUGGCAGAAAUACUGCAAGCCUUCAAGGAUCUUUGGGUUUGUGGCCAAAAGCCAGACAGAACCACAGGAGAACGCAUGCCACCUCUUCGCCGAGUAUGAUGCAGCCCAGCCGGCUUCCCAGGUCAUCAGCCUGGUGACUGCUCUGCUUAAGGACACAGAAAGGGUGUAGGAGAAGGGCAUUGUCCAUGUGCCUUCCUUGACAUCUCAAAGGACUUGUCCGGGACAUGGACCUGUGGCCACACGGACAGGCCUUGGACUGGAGAAUCGAUCAAGUUGAACCCUUUGAACCUGUGGUGACUUCAGCAAUAACCUUCACCGGGCUCUGGAGCCUCGGUCUCUUCAAUUAUAAAGACAGCUGCUCCCUGGA